CACUUCUCCCCCACCUUCCCACUGUCUCCCUUACAGCCGAGGCGCGUUUCGUCUCCAAAGCCUGUCUGCAGAAGCAUGUCUGAGGACAUGCAGCCACGGUGCGAUGAAGCGGACCAAAAGACGCCACCAGCAUGACAGCAUGAAAACAGUGGCCAUGGCUAUUAACCAUGAAGCUGGAGCCGGACACGCCCAUCGCUUCCUUCCGUCAAAAAGAGCCUCUCUGGUGCUGCAUUGAACACGCACUCUCUCCGAGCAUGCCAUCCAAGUGUGAGAAAGCCCAACGGACUGCUUAACGCCUGCUAUUGGCUGACUUCUCUGUAUGCUUCUUCGCUGCCUGUGGUGCAGAUGACGUCGCGUCAGCAACAGCCUGAAUAAUGUGUGAACGCUGUGUUCAAGGUUCCAUCUGAGUAGGAGGUGGCAACAAAAGACCAAAUGCCAUGGACGUAUUCAACUUCACCUACUGGAAUGCCUCCGAAGGCAAUGGCACAGAAGUUGUGGAAGAAAGGGAAAGCCCCUACAAGACUGUGGAGGUGGUGUUCAUCGUGUUGGUGGCCGGUUCCCUCAGUUUGGUUACAGUUAUUGGAAAUAUCCUGGUCAUGCUUUCCAUCAAAGUUAAUAGGAACUUACAGACUGUCAACAACUAUUUUCUGUUCAGCCUUGCAUGUGCUGACCUAAUUAUUGGACUGUGCUCUAUGAACUUGUACACAGUCUACAUCGUAAUGGGGUACUGGCCCCUGGGCCCGGUGGUGUGUGACUUGUGGUUAGCCUUGGACUAUGUCGUCAGCAAUGCGUCCGUCAUGAAUCUUCUCAUCAUAAGCUUCGACAGAUAUUUCUGUGUCACCAAGCCCCUCAGCUACCCAGUCAAAAGGACCACCAAGAUGGCGGGAAUGAUGAUUGCAGCAGCCUGGGUCCUGUCUUUUGUCCUGUGGGCGCCAGCCAUUCUCUUCUGGCAGUUCAUUGUUGGUGGGCGGACAGUGCCUGAGAGGGAGUGCUACAUCCAGUUCUUCUCCAACGCUGCAGUCACUUUUGGCACCGCCAUCGCCGCCUUUUACCUGCCUGUCAUCAUCAUGAUUCAGCUCUACUGGCAGAUCUCCAGAGCAAGCAAGAGUCGCGUGAAGAAGGAUAACCGCAAGCCGUCUGGAGCCAAUCCAGAGCCCCUGUCACCUGGCCAGAGGAGGAACAACACACCGAAACCCAACAAUAACAACGUACCAGGGGAAGACACAGAACGUUUGCAGAGCCAGAAUGCUGACGAUGGAGCUAACCAGCAUGAUGGAAAACUGCAAAACGGCAAGGGGCCUUCCUCGACCACUGCUGAGGGAGAAACCGAAGGUGACGACGUGGCAAGGGAGAACUGCGCCCCUGCAGAGGAGAAGGAGAGCUCUAAUGAUUCAACAUCCGGCAGUGUGGCUGCGUCCAAUCAGAAGGAUGAGGAGGCGGCACCCUCCGCCGCUAACUCCAGCGCCGUGACAAGCCAGCCACUCCCACGGCAGCGAGCCAAGGCAGGGGGCUCCAAGCUGACCUGCAUCAAGAUCAAGACUAAAUCACCCAAGGGUGACUGCUACACACCGUCCAAUGCCACCGUUGAGAUCGUCCCGGCCUCAGAGCGGCAGAAUCACGUCGCCCGGAAGAUUGUGAAGAUGACAAAGCAACCUCCCAACAAGAAGAAGAAAGUGCCACCAUCACGGGAGAAGAAAGUGACCCGCACCAUUAUGGCCAUCCUGGUAGCAUUUGUUGCCACCUGGACUCCUUAUAAUGUGAUGGUGCUUAUUAACACCUUCUGCUCCAGCUGCAUCCCCAACACAGUGUGGACUAUUGGAUACUGGCUGUGCUACAUCAACAGCACCAUCAACCCGGCCUGCUACGCUCUGUGCAAUGUCACUUUUAAAAAGACAUUCAAACAUCUUCUCCUCUGCCAAUAUAAAAAUAGUAGGUCAGCCAGAUAAAUAUGGGCCACUUAGGAGGAAGAGUUGACUGUGUGUGUGCCAUCCAUGUGUAUAUAUGUGUGUGUGUGUGUGUGUGAGAAAGAGGUCCGUGAGCAAGACUGCAAGCGUACGUGUGAAAUUACUUUCCAUAAUUUUAAUCCUUUUGUUUUCCGAUUUCUCUCUCGAUAACCGGUUGUAGCACUUUACACAAAUUCAACUGCUGCCAGUUGCUUUGAGAUGUGUCGUGCAAAAGCAGCAUAGAUUACGAAGGUUGGGGGAAAGUUGAGCUGUAAGCUCAAAAAGGAGGGAGUAUGAAGUAGGGAGCACUUACGAGUGACACUGAGCUGAUUUGAAAAGAAAUUGAAAAGAUACAGAUAGGAGGAAGAUCUGCACUGUACGAAAACACAAGAGUUCAAAUGGGAAAAUAGGGCUGACUGAAUUUCCAAACUUAAAGCUGUUUAAAGUUCAGUGAAGAUACCUGUAGAUAGCUGUACAUAUCAGUGUAUACUCAAUAUGUAUGUGUGUGUGUGCUGGCUCGGAGUAUGUGUGUACACCCAUCUGUGCCCCUCUGCCUGCCUUCUUUCUGUCUGUCUGUGAUCCUCAUCAUGGCACUUUCACUCAGCAACAUGGAAAAUAAAGUGGGGUUGCUCAUAUAGAUUGCCUCUUACCUGGAGGCUAUCCCAUCUACCAAUGAGCCCAUUUGGGAAUGAGUUUCCAUUAAUACAUAAUAGAUAAUAUAAAAAUAGUAGAGCUGCACUUCAGCCAAACUACAAAAACUACUCACUUACCAAGAGAAUAAACCCUCAUUAGAUUUAAAGGAACACUUCAACAUUUUGAGAUAUACACUCAUUUAAUGUCUUGCAGAGAGUAAGAUGAAAAGAUUGAUGCCACUCACGU